CCAAACCAAAUCCCCCAAAACCCCAGCUAAGCCAACCCUAGCAAUGGCGAUGCCAAUGUCCACCCACUGAAUCACUGCGAUCCUCAUCCCCGGCCGGAGCCCGAGGAUGGGUUCCUCUCGGUCGGGGGACAACACGCCUAGGGCGCGGCGGGCGCUGGCGGCCAUGAGGGCCCUCGGCUUCACCAAGAAGCCCACCCUCACCGUCCUCAAGCGCCUCCUCAGGGUCUACGGCAACAACUGGGCGCUCAUCGAGGACGAGUCCUACCGCGUCCUCGCCGAGGCCAUGCUCGACAGCCAGCAGGCGACCGGCGAUGGGGGGUCGGAGCCGGAACCGGUGCAGGAGCACGAGGGGAUCGACGCCGACGACAACGAUGUGGCGGGAGGAGACCCGUCGGGCUCCCUGGGUCCCCCCUCGCCUCCGCCCCCCACCACCGCCAUGGAAAUGGUCGUAUCGCCUCGUUCGCAGGCCAGAGCCUCGACGAGGGCGCUAGGCAAGAGGCGACACAGGGAGACGGUCGAUGCGGAUGUCCAGCUGGAGGAUGCCGUCUUCCUGAGGGAACCCAACCCUGUGCCUGUGCCUGUCGAUAUGGAAGUGCAGCCUGGCCUGAACGGCCGCCGGUCUCGCAACACGUCCUCCUCCUCCGAGGAGUUGUUUCGAGAUUUGCCUCCGCAGCAGCCCGAUCAAAAUCCUGAACAGAUUCCAGGUGCUAGAGACAGGACAAUUCAGAGAUGCAGAAAUCGGGAAAUGACUACUUCAUCUGUAGAGCCAACAAACAGCGCACUGAAUAAUGGAAUGCGAUCUGGAGUUGGAAAUGGGAAGGAAGCUCCUUGUCUAGACAUUGAAGUAGCAUCAUCCGCUAUGGGCGAGGUCAAGAUGUCGCUGAAAUGCAGUGUCAACCCAUCAAAGUUCCGCAUGCCCGCUUUAGAAGCAGUUUUCAAGCUGGUUGAGAGUAAAUGCCUUCGCUCAUACAAGGUUCUUCCUCCUGAUUUUUCCAUCCGCAGCCUCAUGACCGAGAUAUGCCAGUGUGUUGUAGAGCGCAAUACGCAAUCAGAUGGUGCUGUUAUUGGCAGCAGGUCAGAGGAUGGUAGAAAUAGGAAACAGAUGGCUGCAGAAAAACUAUUGGUUUCUAAUGGCUCAGAGAGUGGUCCAGUGAAUUCGACUCCAUCCCAGCAAUGGCAUCUUGCGCUUUCUACAUUGAGGACUAGCCAUGAUGUAAUGGAUAUAUCUAAGGGAGAAGAAAAAAUAAGGAUAUCAAUUGUAAAUGACUUCGGGAAAGAAAAAUGCCCACCUUCCUUUUGUUAUAUACCACGAAACCUUGUAUUCCAGAAUGCUCUUGUCAGCAUGUCACUUGCAAAAAUUGGUGGUGAAGACUGUUGCGCUGAUUGCUUUGGCGACUGCUUGUCCUCACCUGAACCAUGUGCUUGUGCAAGACAAACUGGCGGUGAAUAUGCAUAUACAGUAGAAGGUUUGGUUAGGCCAGCAUUCAUUGAUGAGUGUGUCUCUAUGAACCGCUUCCCAGAAGAACAUCAGAAGGUGUUUUGUGAAACUUGCCCGCUCGAGAGGUCUGGAAAUAAAGCUUCACCAAAGCCUUGCAGGAGCCACCUUGUUAGAAAAUUUAUUAAGGAGUGCUGGAGCAAAUGUGGCUGUAACAUGCAAUGCGGUAACCGUGUGGUUCAACGUGGCAUCACAUGCAAUCUACAGGUUUUCUUCACUGGAAAAGGGACAGGCUGGGGGCUCCGCACUCUAGAUAAAUUGCCAAAGGGAGCUUUUGUUUGUGAAUAUGCUGGGGAGAUACUAACAAAUACAGAACUGCAUGAAAGGGUCGUUGAGAAUAUGCAGAAUGAUAGGUAUGUGCAUCCAAUACUUUUGGAUGCUGGUUGGUGUUCUAGAAAGGUGCUGAAGGAGGAAGAGGUUUUAUGCCUGGAUGGAACGUUUUAUGGCAAUGUUGGCAGAUUCAUUAACCACAGAUGCUGUGAUGCAAAUCUAGUAGUGGUUCCUGUUGAAGUGGAGACCCCUGAUCAUCACUAUUAUCAUCUUGCAUUCUUCACAAGCACCAAGGUGGAGGCUUUUGAGGAAUUGACAUGGGAUUAUGGCAUCGACUUCGACGCUGAGAAGCAAAAACCUGUGAAACCGUUCGAAUGCCUAUGCGGGAGCCGAUACUGUCGGGGAAGGAAACAUCAUCCGAGGAAGAAAAGUGCAACAGCUGCUGGUGCGGACUGACCUGUUGGUUGUCUAGGGAGAAGGGAGUGUCAAGGAGUGCAAUGGAGUUACCUGUUGGCAGUUGCUUUUUGGGUUGUGUACUUUGGACAAGGGAUGGAUGUCUGACGAUCCCCCCCCCUGUAAAUGUUAUAACCUAUGUAGUAUUAGAAAUGUAUGUACAGGUAGUGAGAAGUCAGGUUAUCUGGAAUGAAAUUGGGUACCGGGCCUGGCAAGGCUUUGGAUGACCUAUUGAUUAA